AUGGAAGGGUAUUAUCGAGAGAAGAUAGAGUUAAGAAGUACGGAUGAAGUAGAAAAAGAGAUAGAAGAAGUGAUUAAAGAAACACGGAAUGUAGAAGGGGAAUGGGUUAAUACGAAAAGAAAGAUUGAAGAGUUACAAGAAGAAGGGGAAAAGACACGAGAAAUGAUUGAACAUCAAGUAGGAAGGGAAGAAUUAUAUAGUCAACCAAUUCUUGUUGAGAAAUAUCGAAGAAGUAAGAAAGAAGUAGAAAAGAUGAUAGAAGGGAUAGACAAAACAUAUGGAAGUUGUGCACAAAAGGAAAUUAAUAAUGAAUUAGAAAGUUUGUUAAUACAAGAAAAGAAGAAAGACAGAAAUAACAAAAUAGUGAUUAAGAGUGUAUUUGAACGAAAUGCAAGUGAUAUUGAAUAUUUAAGUGGAGAAAUCGAAGAAAUGAAAAGAAGAAUGAAAGUGAUGAAAGCACGAAUUGAAGGGAAUUUAGAUAAAUGA